AUGGAGUGUGAGACAAAAAUUAAAAAACUGACUUUCAUUAAUCUUCUAGAUGUUGGGGAAAUCUAUUCAAGACUACUGGAUCACAGACCAGUAAUUCAGGGAGAAAUACGCUACUUUGUUAAAGAAUUUGAAGAAAAACGUGGCCUCCGAGAACUACGAGUACUUGAAAAUCUAAAGAAUGCAAUCUUUGAAACAAAUGAACACGUUCUUCCUAAGUGUGAGCAGGCAAUGCAUGACAAUCUGAAUGAAGCAUUCAAGAGAUUGCAAGCUGCCAACGAUAUGAUCCAUAGACUCCAAGAGAGGGAGCACGAAGAGAGGAAGCUUCAGGCGGACAAGCUGAUGGCUCGUGAAGAGAAGCGCGUAGCCCACUGGGAGGAAUUCAUGAAAGAGCAACAAAACAAACGAGCAGAAGUGGAUGAAGAGCACAGAAAAGCUAUGGAGCGCCUCAAAGAGCAGUAUUCUGAGAUGGAGAAGGAACUGGCCAAAUAUGUUUCUUUUUAA